UGAUGAGGUCAUCUGGUGCGUUGCUACCCAAGAUGUUUGUACUGUUGAAUCUUCCAUCUCUGCUGACACCCUCACAAUGUCCACCAAUCCUUCUGUCAUUGCUACUGAUGAGGAUGAGCCUUACUCCAGUGGAACAUCUGCCUCUGUCAGUUACAACACACCUGGCUUAUCAGUGGGUUCUUCUGCCAGUGUUACUGGUGACACACGUGUCUUCUCUAGUAACACCUCCAGUGUGUCCAAUGGACCUACCCAGCCAAGUUUAUCCAGCACAUCCUACAGUACAUAUCUUGGCCUGUUUGAGGAAGAAUACCUGUCAGAUGACCCCGACCUCCAAGAAGCCAUUUCAAGGUCUUUAGACUCAAGUGCAAGUGAAAGUGACGUCCAGAGCUUAGAGAGAAUCUUGGAGCAGAUUGUUACUAGAGUAAAUAAUGACAGCACUGUACGCUUCAACAUCAUAAGGCGAAAUGUGUGGGAUGGAGCAUCCAGAGCCAUGGGCAGAUCCAAUUUUUCACCAGAGAAAAAAAUAGAUGUGAAGUUUACUGAUGACUAUGGAAUAUCUGAGGGUGCUGUUGACAAUGGAGGACCUACUCGGGAGUUCUUCCGACUUUGCCUCUGUGAAGUCAAGGACAAACUUGGCAUCUUUGAAGGUCCACCCAAUGCUAAAGUUCUUACGUGCAAUUCUAAAGCAAUGAAAGAUAAUGGAUACUACUAUGCUGGCCAGAUCAUGGCAAUGUCAAUUGCUCAUGGGGGACAGAGUCCAUGUUUCUUGUCUGAACUCUUGUAUGAGUGUCUUCAAAAGGGUCCAGACAAUGUAAAAGUCAGCACUGAGCAUAUUACUGAUGAGGAAACAAGGUCACAAGUGCAGUCGAUCGUACAGGCCGAGAAUGAUCUACAGCUGCAAGAUGCAGUUGCACAGGCAGCCAGCUUGAUCAGUCUUGCUGGUCACAAUGUUUGCAUAACACUUCAAAACAAACAAGAAACUGCUUUGGAUCUGGCUCACUGGUAUGUCCUUCAACGGACCCGUGCACCUUUUGAAAGAUCAUUCACUCUGAACGAGGGAGUAAUGCAUUUCAAGACGAGUGCCGGACCCUGGCUUUCUGGCAAGACUAUCUUCAGGAGGCAGAAUUUGAAACUGAUGUCUCUUUGGAAGAUAUUCUUGUUUUCUGCACUGGAUGUGACAGCAUACCAGCCCUGGGUUUUUCUCCAAAGCCAAGCCUUGAGUUCGUCACUAACUGCAGAUUUCCAGUGGCCAAUACUUGUGAAAAUAUCCUUCGUGUACCAGUUCAUGCAGUGUACACUACUUUCAAAUCAGACAUGGAUUUUGCAAUACGGAAUUCACCAGGAUUUGGAAGAGCAUGAUGUGUUUCCUUAAGGAUUGUUGACAUGAUGAGGAUUUGGGUUUUUUUUCUAUUUUGCAUAUGCAUUUUUAAUUUUCUUGUUUUUUGUUAAUGUUGUUAACCCCACAUCAGAGUACACCCUGGACAGCAGUAGGACUGUAUAGCCUAAAUAAG